AUGACUCGUCUCUUCCCCUCCCAAGAUACCCUCCACGAUGCAUUCCAACCUGCCGUUCCCUUCGGUCGUCGCCCAGCUAUUCCCCAAUCAAACCCUGUGACUCCAAAACGGACCCCUCUCCAAGCCCGCACCGAGUUCUACACUAUAUGGUCGGCUGCCGAUGAUGCGAACAACAAUGUCAAUGCUUUAAGCGCGGAAGCUACAAAAGAACUCGAGAAAGCAAGCGCUGCGGCUCGAGCCAAGACUGGAACAAUUGAACUUUACUCGGCCCAGUAUUAUGCAGCUUGCUCUUUUGGGGGUCUGCUUGCUUGUGGUCUUACGCAUAGUGCCGUCACACCUCUAGAUCUGGUCAAAUGUCGUCGUCAAGUCGACUCCAAGAUGUACACUGGUAACUUCCAAGCCUGGGGUAAGAUUGGUCGUGCUGAAGGACUCCGUGGUAUCUUCACUGGCUGGGGCCCAACUUUCUUCGGAUAUAGCGCUCAAGGAGCUUUCAAGUAUGGAGGAUACGAGUACUUCAAGAAGUUCUACGCCGAUCUUGCUGGGCCCGAGAAAGCCGCCAAGUACAAAACUGCUCUUUACCUUACCGCAAGUGCUUCUGCUGAAUUCAUUGCCGAUAUUGCUCUCUGCCCCUUUGAGUCCGUAAAGGUUCGAAUGCAGACCACGAUUCCACCAUUCGCUAAAGGUACUUUCGACGGUCUUAGCCAAGUAACUAGCAAGGAAGGUUUCGCGGGCCUCUACAAGGGAUUGUACCCUCUUUGGGGGCGUCAAAUACCUUACACGAUGAUGAAAUUCGCUUCUUUCGAGACUAUUGUCGAGAUGAUCUAUGCGCGUAUGCCUGGCCAGAAGUCUGAUUAUGGCAAGGGUACUCAAACGGCUGUCUCUUUCACUGGUGGUUAUCUUGCCGGUAUUCUCUGUGCUAUCGUCAGUCAUCCUGCUGAUGUUAUGGUCUCCAAACUGAACGCAAACCGUCAAUCCGGGGAAGCUUUCGGUGCUGCUAUAGGACGUAUCUACAAGGACAUAGGCUUUGCUGGACUCUGGAACGGUCUCCCGGUGCGCAUAAUAAUGAUAGGUACAUUGACUGGACUUCAAUGGAUGACAUACGAUUACUUCAAGAUUGUCAUGGGAUUCCCAACUACUGGUGGAGCGGCGCCUCCAGAGAAGAAGUAA